AUGGAUCUUGCUGCACUAGGUCGUGCACCACUACGCUUUGGAUUAGGUACGCGCAGGAUUACGUCGACGGACUUGCAAGUAGCCGAAGCGAAUGAUGAAUUACUCAACGUCGACGUACCCGAACCUGUUGGUGUCGCUUCAGAUGUUAGUUUACUUCGUGGGUUCAAAGCUACCAUUCCGAGCUCGCAGAGGAGUAAAAGCCGUCGGAGACAAACUCGGAACGUCGAUGCUCCACAUAUGGGUCUUAAGAAGCUUGGUAUGAGCGCGAGAGGGUUGUUGGCUGAGGAACACGAACACGAACACGAGAGCGGAAGUGAGGAUGACGUCGUUAUGGUGAACGCAACAACAACACAUCCGAAAGCGAAAGGGCGACGCGGGCGUCGGACGCGCGAGAGUUUGGGAGCGAGCGUUGCGCUUGGGAAGGAUGAGCUGCGUCGACAGGAGCAGGAAAUCUUACUUGAUAAAGAGAAUAUUCACGUUCGACGCACGCUCAUGUUGAAUGAGAUCUCUGAGAUAACUUCGAAGAUCGACGCGUUGGAAGUUAUCCGUACUCAACUGGAGACUGAUUUGUUGAAGCUUAAGGAAGAGGAGCUAGAACUUGAUGACGAGCUUGAAGGUGUACGAGAACGUACUCAGUUCGAAGACUCGCAUAACUCAAAACGCGUUGACACAAGUUCAAGACGACGAAAAGGUCCAGCGUUCCUGCCCUCAGAGCAUGACGACCUUCCACCAGGCGUCGCCUUCCUCACCCUUCCUGCCUCUUCCCAAAACGCAAACGCACCUAUUACUGCUCUGGACUUCUCAGAGCCGUAUGGUACACUAGUUUCCGCAACAGGUGACGAUGGUGAUGGUGAUGACGACCCUGCUCCACGCGUAUGGGAUAUGCUAGGCAUUGAAGAAAUUGGAAGGUUGCGUGGGCAUACGGGUGCUGUGCAUGCGUUACAAGUUGAGGAUCAUGUGUGUUUGACUGGUGGUGAGGAUGGAGCGUUGAGAGUGUGGGAUUUGAGACGUGUGGGUGAACAACUGGAUGGGGAGAUUAUUAACCUUUCGGAUAUUCGUGAGGAGGAGGAUGGUGAGUCCUCCUCUGGUAUGAGAGGUGGAAGUGGGAAUGGGUCUGCAGCGGCGACGGACGGACCUUGCGCACGCGUACUCGAAGGACACAGUAAAGCAGUCACAGCACUGUACUUCGAAGAGAACUGUCUUGUGAGCGGGGCGUCUGACAAGACGUUACGUCAAUGGGACCUUACAACGGGGCAAUGCGUCAUGACAAUGGACAUACUCUGGGCGAUCGCACACCCUUCUUCUUCUGGUUCAGGUGUAAGUGUCUCCGGGGCUGCGACUGCGAUUGGGAACAACUUUGCGGCUCCUAUGCCGCCGAGGAGUGAUGGGAGUUGGGAUAUGUAUCAGGAUUUUGUUGGUGCGGUACAGUUUUGGGGGUAUGGACUUGUUAGUGGGAGUGGGGAUGGGGCUGUGAGGAUGUGGGAUAUGCGUACUGGACAGGCACAUCGGACGCUCCUUGGGCAUACGGCACCGGUUACGUCUUUGCAGUUUGAUCAGCUUCAUGUUGUUACUGGUAGCCUAGAUAAGUCCAUUCGAAUAUGGGAUAUCCGAACGGGUGGAAUUUUCGAAACGAUCAAGUUCGACCAUGGUGUGACUGCGUUGCAAUUUGAUACGAGGAAGAUCGUUGCUGCUACGGGUGAGAAUGGUGUGAAGGUUUAUAACCGCACGACGAUGCAGCUUUCCUCACUUACGACGAACGGACAUACAAAGCCUGUUGAACGAUUACGCUAUAUGGAUAGAUACCUUGCGACGGGUGGACGGGACUCGACGGUUAAGAUCUGGGCGUUAUAG